GCUUACAUAUGACGUCAUCCAAAACACAGACCUCGGAAGCUUCGUGAAUAUCUUUUCUUGUAUUACUGGAAAACAGGACAUGAGCCAAACUACGCUAUCUACACUAUUCAAGUCUAUAAAAUAUACUUUUCACUCCCAUAAUGUCUGUAAAUUAUGCUGCCGGAUUGUCGCCUUACGCGGAUAAAGGUGUCUGUGGACUUCCAGAGUCAUUUGAUGGCCCCGAGGAGCUGAAAGCCAAAGUAGUGACUCUGGCUAAAAUGAUCAAAGAAUCCAAAUAUUUCGUUGUUCACUCUGGAGCAGGAAUCAGUACCUCAGCUGGAAUCCCUGACUUCAGGGGUCCAAAAGGUGUGUGGACUUUAGAAGAAAAAGGUGAAAUGCCACAUUUUGACACAACAUUUGAAGAUGCUCGUCCCACUUUGACACACAUGGCCCUUCUGGGUCUGCAGAGGGCAGGCUACCUCAAAUAUUUGAUCAGCCAGAACGUGGAUGGACUCCAUGUCCGAUCUGGUUUCCCAAGGGAUCUAUUAUCGGAACUUCAUGGAAACAUGUUCAUUGAGGAAUGUGGAAAGUGUGGCAGGCAGUAUGUGAGGGAGAAGGUGAUUGGUGUAAUGGGUUUGAAGCCAACUGGACGUUACUGUGAGUUUGUUCGCUCUAGAGGACUCCGGGCUUGCAGGGGGAAGCUGAUUAGCACCAUCUUGGACUGGGAGGACGCGCUCCCUGACAGAGACCUGAACAAAGCAGAUGAUGCCAGCAGACAAGCUGACUUGGCACUAACUCUUGGCACAUCCAUGCAAAUUAAACCAAGUGGAGAUCUUCCUCUCCUAACCAAGCGUAAAGGAGGGAAACUAGCCAUUGUCAAUCUGCAGUCUACCAAGCAUGACAAACAUGCACAUCUGCGGAUCCAUGGAUAUGUGGAUGAAGUCAUGAAACAGCUCAUGGAGCUCCUCGGGGUCGAUAUCCCAAAGUGGGAUGGGCCAUCUGUGUGUGAGCGUUCAACAGGCUCUGCAGAGUUCAAAAGUGAGUUAAAGGCAGAAGAGGACAACGUCCCAGACAGAAUAAAGAGUGAAAGAAAAAGAGGGGCUGCUGCACCAACAGAAGACAGGAGCACUGUGGAAGCAACAGUGCCCUUAAAGAGAGAGAGAGAGACCAGUCCACUGUAGGGAUGUAAGGGUAUUGUGUUAGCAAAAUUGCCUCGAUACAUCCCUUGUCCUCAGUCAAGAGAGGGAAAAGAAAUAACCCCAGGUGUGACAUUGUUACACAGGCAUCUUCUGUUGAAGACAUUUAUCAAAGAAGACAUUUCACUUUUCUUACACUACCUGGAUUUAAGGACACAGAGCAAAUCUAUGUAAAAGACAGAACUACUUAGGUUGUUUUAGUGUCUGAUUUUGUCUAAGCUGUUUUCAACACUUUAUAUAAGAAUCCAUGUGAACUGUUUUUUGGUUGCCGUUACCAACAACAUGCAUCUCAACAUAUUAGUAAAAGAAAAUUCUAUUCUGUCAACUGGACAAAAAGUUUUUUUGAGUGAAGACAUUUCAUUACUCAUCCAAGCCACUGGUCAGAUUACUGGUGGACACUCCCUUAUAUCUAUCUGAAGAGAGGAGCUAACUACACUGAAACUAACACACCUGUUGUUUCUGUUUCUUAGCUAGGUCUAUUGAGCUACCUUAAGUGUGAACUGUGUCUGAGUCAUACUAGCAUAAUCAUUCAGGCCUCAUUAGGUGUUAGUUUUAGUGCAGUUAUCUCAUCUCUUCAGAUAGAUAUAAGGCAGUAUCCACCAGCAAUCUGACCAGAGCUGAAAAAGUGUCUUGGCUUAUUGCUGAGUUUUAGAAGUUCAAUUAUAUGAACCCCUCUUACUUGCACAACAUUUUAUAUUAGCUUACCC